GUUUCCGAUAAUCACAACAACGAACAAUCGAAACGCACCGUGCCGGCUAUUAUAUAGCCACCAUAAACGAUACGUUACCAAACCGAUUUUACAGAAAUGGCCAUCUAGUUGCUCCUGGAGAAUAAGUCAAAAGAAACGCCAUGAACUUAGCUCGCCUGGGAUUCGAGCAGUUGAUGCUGCGUGGCCUCCGAAUGCCGCGCCAGCAGCUCCAGACGCAAUGGAUGAUGAACCGGCGGCGAUGGCUGGCCAGUGAGGCCACCUCGACGUCUACGGCGACAAAUCCCGCCUCUCCCGCUGCUCCAGCACCGAAGAAACAAUCGCAUAGCCCGGUGAAACCUCUGCCGCUAGUCGAGGAACGUCUGGAGUCCGUGCUGUCGCCCAUUCGCACCAGGAUCCUGCGCAAGAAGCGUCUGGCCAUCGAUGAGCUGUCCGCCCUGGGCUUCCUCAACACCCGCGGCUACACAACCGCCGAGGAGUACAACCUGGAGGAUCUGCAAAUAGCGCUCCGCCAACAGAAUCUGUACGAGACGAAGCGUUUCUUCUCCACGGACAACCUGGAUGUGGAACAGAAUGUGCUCUUUGUGGCCGCAAAGUAUCCGACCAGCCAGCAACCGCGCGAGAUAUUCUUUUUCCGUGAGGGUUCGGUGGUCUUUUGGAACUGCAGCGACAUCGAGACGAACAAUGUGCUGAGCUUCCUGCGCUCCUUCGAAAGGGAAUCGUAUGUGAGUGCCCUGGUGCAUGGGGAGAGCGAGGUGAUGCCGUACACCUAUAUUCCAUCGACGGCGGUGGAUGUGGAGGGCGAUCUGGUCGCGGAGAGCAGCGAUUUCAAUGUCACGUCGCGGGCAUUCUUCCAGAAUGGCAAGUUCUUUGUCACCGCCGAUACGGAUAGCUUCCUCUACAAGUACACCUUCUCCAAUGCGAUGGCGCAGUCCAUAAAGCUGGGCAUUUGGGAGGCCACGCUGGAUCGCUACAUAGACUCCAUAGAGCAUCUCACCGAAGAUUUGAAGCGCGGCCGCCGACUGAGAAUUUCACGGGCGGCCAUGCUGCGAAAAACCGGCGAACUCUUUGCCCUGCGCCAUGUGAUCAACCUGUCGUCGGAUCUGCUGGAUGCUCCCGAUUUCUACUGGGAUCGCGAGGAACUGGAGGCCCUGUACCUGCAGGUGUGCUCCUACUUCAGCAUCUCGCGGCGCACCAAGGUGAUGAACGAGAAGAUCAACCAUUGCGUGGAGCUGGCCGAACUGGUGUCGCACAACCUCAACGAUGCCCAUCACAUCCGGCUGGAGUGGAUGAUCAUAAUCCUGAUCAUGGUGGAGGUGGGCUUCGAGAUUCUGCAUUUUGUCAGCGAUCACAAUGAUCCGCAUAAGCUGGAGAUGCUGCCGCUGGCGGCUCCUGUCGCCUCAAUUCCUAAAUAGAACGUAGACUUAGUCGAGAGUUUUUGUAAUGUAUUCGUAUUUUGGCCAAAAUAUAGCAUUGUUAGCGUUUGAGUCCAGAAAAAAUGUCACAAACGAUUUAAA